AAGAAUGGAUAUUACAGAAGAAUCAUUUACAAGAAUUGACGAGCACGCAGUAUCGUUUCACUAUACGUAUCGUGAAGGAAGUGGCGUACAAAUGUAUUUUUAAUAUUUACUACAUUCCGUAUAUGAACAUAUAUUGCCCCAACCCAGUGACGCUCUCUCGACUAAUACUAAUACUCUCUAUAUAAAGUGUCAAUGAUAAUACAUUUAUAUAUGUAUAAUCGUGAGAACUUUUACGGAGAAGGUGGCAGAGCUGGUUUUCCCGUACGUCGUUAUAGUAUAAGCCGGUUUUGCUGAUCAGUCUCGAGCCGGUGAACAAGCAGAGAACAUGUUGCACCUGAUCUGCGUUGUGAUAUUGGUGACCUGUGGAUCAGUGAAAUUAAGUGAUUCAAGUACAGUGACCGGUGAGAGAUCAGAUUAUGAGCAGGACGAUGACGCUAUCCAAGGAUGCCGUCUGGAGGCUCGAGGAUGCAUACCAAUCUGCUGUCCACCGGGACUGUACAUAAGUGGAACGACGUGUUACGAAAAUUCAUCAGUACCAGCAGACGAUUUGACGUUUCCUCAGAUGUACACAAAAGAUCUAGAGGUAUCGGAUAAGAACGUCUUGGACUUUAGAAUGGUCUACGGCAUCCCGUGUCCAAGCGGUAGCUAUGCUCUUGACUCUGGUCAACCAAAUUACGAUGUCUUCUAUUUCCUGGACAACGGCACUAUAUAUGAAGAUUCCAGUGGUACUGGAAAACCUAAUAGAAUUCUGGAAAUAGAUGAUUUCUGCUUUGCCUCGCUACCUGGAGAAAAUGGAUCUCAGACUGUUGUAGCAGUUUGUUUUCCACCUGCGAACACCAUACCAAGCUUUUAUCCUAUCGCCAUGAUACUCUCGACGCCGUUCCUGGCCGCCACGUUCGUAGUGUACACUGUCAUCCCAGAUUUGCAGAAUCUGCAUGGACUGACCCUCCGGGCUUACAUAGCCAUGCUCUUCAUAGCUUAUAUGGCUCUUGCGGUGAUCCAAUUUGGUGGAGAGAACGUCCUAGAGAACCUGGAGGGCUUUUGCGUCUCCCUAGCGUUAAUCAUCAUGAUGAUUUUUUUUAAAAUAAUUAUAAUCAUGACUAUCAAGGUGAUUGAGAUUACCGACGCAGAUGAUCCUCCUUGCAUUCAAGCCAUGACAGUAACUAUGCAGGAUCCAAUCAAAUUUCAAAAUGGAUCCUUACUCUACAGAGGAAUUAUCUAUCCUCCAGGAUCAUAUUGGACCAAUGGGAACGAGACUUUUGGCUGUCCCUGUGAUUUGAUUGGUUCGAAAAAGUGCGUCAGACGAUGUUGCAAAUUUGGUGAAAUCUUCAAUGGUACCAGGUGCGUUGAAAAUGAUCCAUCGAGCACCAUCAAGGGUAUACAAUUUUCCUUGGACGAUCUGGAUCCUCUUCUUCAUAGCGUUCGUCUAGAAGAUCACUUCUUCUUUCUCGAGAACCCGAUUUGUCCUGAAAAUGAUAAAUAUUUACUGGAACCAAAUGAAUAUCCGAGUGAUAAAUUUGUUUUACAAGAAGAUGGAAUGCUCAGGAAAGCAAAUACUAUGGUUAAGCCUUGGUAUUAUUGCAUGGUGGAAUCGACUUUCAGCAAUGUAUCCGUUAUACAAGAAUGCUUCGUUACGGACGUUGCUGUAAAUUAUUCGGACAUCCCAAUUUAUCCGGUGGGAAUGAUUGUUUCCAUAAUUUUUCUUCUCGCUACUUUUCUCGUGUAUGCACUGAUUGCCGAAUUACGAAAUAUUCAUGGAAAAACUUUAAUGUGUUACGUUGGUUGCCUCCUGAUGGCUUACAAUAUGCUAGUGCCCAUCAAAUUCGACAAGGGACAUAUGCAGCAAUGGCUCUGCAACACUUUAGCUUUCAUCAUGCACUUUUCAUUUCUCUCGAGCUUCUUCUGGCUGAAUAUCAUGUGCUUUGACAUAUGGUGGACAUUUGGAGGAUUCCGUUCGCUACAUGGUAGCGUUAAACAGCGAGACCGCAAGAAAUUUUUCAUGUAUUCCAUAUACGCCUGGGGAUGCGCUUCUGUACUGACCGGAGUAUGCCUUAUCAUGGAUCUUACUCCCAAUAUACCAGAAUACUUGAUAAGACCAGAAUUUGGCGUGACCAAUUGCUGGUUUAACACCAACGUCGCAAAGGCCAUUUAUUUUUAUGGUCCCAUGGCUGUUACUGUCGUUGUCAAUAUUUUUCUCUUCAUUUCGACGGCCCUCAAGAUCGUACAGCACAAGAAGGAAACUGCGCAGCAUCUUAAGGGACUCGACAGUCGACGCCAUGAUGAUAAUAAACAGUGGUUUAAUCUCUAUCUGAAGCUGUUCAUUGUCAUGGGAAUCAAUUGGUCCAUGGAAAUUAUUUCUUGGCUUUGCAACGACAAGCCUAAGUACAUAUGGUACAUCACUGAUCUGGGAAAUUCACUUCAGGGUCUGAUAAUAUUUAUAAUAUUCGUAUGGAAGAAAAAGAUCCUGCGACUUCUCAUGAAACGAUUUGGCUGCACCGACAAUAAUUUCUUGUCGCGCGACUCAACGCGAAGUGCCAACCACAGCUCAUUGUCAGCUUCGCGCACGUGUACCACUUCUAUACCACUUCAUGGGAAGACGAAUCCUUAUGUAAAUCCUGCUGGUCGUAUAAGACCGAUUAUGGAUGACAGUGACAGCACUUUAACGUAAAAAAAUGUUUUUCGGCAAAAAAAUCUUUGAAAAGUGGUAUGAAAUGAUUUUUCAUCUGUUUUGCAUUAUCGGUGAAAGAACCGAAGAGGUCAUGAAGACAUUUGGAUGCUGAAUAUGUUAUGAUUAUAACGGAUACAAUCGCUUUGCGAUGCUGAUGCCUUUUAUGAAAUCAUUGUAUGGCACUCUAUUGACACUUCGUAUAGUCAUGCGCAAGAAAAAUGGAUAUUGUGCUUUUGAAAAAUUCUAAAAUAUUUGUAUGCGAGUGACGUUUCUGUCUGGAUUAUUCGUUUGACACGACAUUUAUAGAUGAUUCUAUGUCUAUUAACGAUAAUGAAAUUCCUGACACGUUUGGGGUACGUGGUCGUUUACAGAUUUCGCUUGUUCAGUACAACUUUUUUUUAGCAAGAGUCGACUGAUCCAUUUUUAACCUAACCUAACAACUUUUAACGAGAUACACGAAGUAUCCUGCACAUAUUUGUUAGUUGGCUGAAACUAAAUAAUUAUAAAUUAUUUUAAACAGGUCGAAGACGGGAAAUUCCAAGUACUGCUCUUUGAGCUAUCUCUUUGCCGAAUAUAUGAAAACGUGUUCUUUCUCUUAGUAUUAAUGAAAUACUCUCCUUAAACAAUCAUUACGUAUUAAUAUUAGAUAUUAGGUUAAAGUCGACGAAUUUUCGAAUUUCAUGUUUCAUGAGAACACGUGAAACCUUGGGAUUGACACUUAAGUCACGUUAUGAUAAAGAUGUCACAAUAAUUAAUUUCUAUAGAGCGACUGUAGCCCAGUGGGUAGGGUCGCAGAAUUCGACCGGAAUUCGAUUUCUGUUUCUGACAGCAUUUACCCCAAUGGGUUUUUCGUAAAAACCUAAGUGAGUACUUAUAUGAAUUUAGCUCAACACUGUGUUUGGAUUCGGUUUCUAAAGUAUGUAAGUCAUCACCCUUGUCUUGAAAAGAGGUCUUGUUUCGUGAGAUUUAUUCGCUAACUUGUGUGAGCUUCUAAUUCGAAUUAAAUUGAAGUAUCCAUUGGAAUAUAUCCAAUUGAGAUAUAAAGCCAUGAGGAAAGGAAAAGAAGAACAAUUAACUUUCUAGUCAAAUUUGCUUAGCAUUAAGACGAGAGUGGCGAGGAAUUGGAUAAUGUUAAAUUUUCGAAUUGCUUCACGAACAGAUAUGUAACGUUAGAUUUAGAAGUACUCGUGGCAUUAGAAUAACGGUAGAUAAUCGUCUAUUGUGUAACUCGAAAAUUUAUUAAACUUCUUCUAGGUGUCUUAAGUACAAAAUAUAUUCUUCUAAUUUAACGUACUAGCACGUUUUUAUCAUUAUAAGUAUUGUCACUAUUCAUUAUAUUCAUCUAUUGAUCAUAUACGUAUUAUAGGUAUAGUCGAUUCAUGAGUUCGUGUGUUUUUUUUUUUUGACAGUUCGCAGACAAUGCAAUCGUUAGCAAACCAUACGUGACUUUUUACGAAAUCAUGGAAAUAUAUGCUGAAAUAGAAAAAUAAAGCAUAUUUCAUUACAAAACCAUGUGCGGGCACACUUUGUAACAAGAAUUUUAUGGAGAGCUAUCUGUGACUUGCUAGAAACUUCAUUGUUUACGAUCUGUCAAUAAAACACAUUCCAUUCAUGCACCGACUAUAGUUAAUAUCGAUCGUGUUAGCUUUUUAAUCUUUUGUAACGUAAUAUACCUAAAUAAACAGACAAAAGAAUAAAUAAUGUCCUCUUU